AAGACGGAGGAGAGGAGAUGGUAGACAUGCUCUGUUCUUUAACUUUCCACCUUCAGAGUCUAUUCAACCUCCCUUCAAGCACAUGCUCCUUCCCACAUAUCACUUCAGUCAGGCCAUAUCACAUAGGAUAGCAGACUCUUGACCUAUACCACUCUUACAUAUCCAUCCCCCGGUUGUCAAACCAACCUUGAACGAUUAAAACCAUGGGCGCCAUGGCCGAUCUCCCAGCGGCUUCCUCUCCGUCCCUCAUCCUUACCCAUCCCACCGACCAGGAACGCAUCCGAACCUGGUCCCAGACUCAUCCCAAGUGGGGUCCCGCCCUAUCUCUCCACGACUACCUCGACCGAGAAGCCUACCUGACCACCGUGCCCCUCGCCAAAGAUGGCGGCAUCACACACUGGAUCCUCACAGACUCGUCCCUCCCCCCAGACCAGCGGCCCAUCCUAUCCUCGUGCGAGACGCUACGCAAGCCCGCCCUCUCCUGCGCGCCGGCCGGCCCCGACGGAGGCGAACCCGUCGUCGUAGACGGCAUCGCCCACGGGCUCGGCUCGGUCUUCACGGCGCCCCAGUUCAGAGGCAUGGGAUACGCCAGUCGCAUGAUGCGGGAGGUGGGUGCCCGGUUGCGGAGACACCAGGCCAUCGACGCCGCAGCAACAACAGCACACGACGGUAUCCCGGCGGCGGGGCGGCGGGUCCCGCUCUUCUCAGUGCUAUAUUCCGACAUCGGCAAGAAGUUCUACGCCCGCAACGGCUGGGCGCCCUUUGCGAGCGCCCACGUGUCCUUCCCGCCCGCGACGGAGGCCCCUUCGCAGGCGCAGGCGCAGCCGAGCCGGCAGAACGGGCAUACAAACGGCGGCGGGGGAACCGGCAAGUGUGCCAGCGCCAGCACCAUCGGCUACCACGAGCUGGCGGAGCUGUGCGCCGUGGACGAGAAGCUCCUGCGGGCGGCGCUGCGGCGGCGAGCGGGCAAGGGCGAGGGCGGCGGGCGGGGGCGGACCUGCGUGGCGCUGUUGCCGAACCUGGACGCCAUCCUGUGGCACCUGAUGCGCGAGGACUUCAUGACCAAGCACAUCUUCGGGCGCACGCCCGUCGUCCGGGGCGCCGUGUACGGCAAGCCCGGGCGGCGCGUGUGGGCCGUGUGGACGCGCGGGUACUACGGCGGGCUGGAGAAGAUGGAGGGGAACACGCUGCACGUCCUGCGCUUCGUCGUCGAGGACGAGAGCGACCCGGAGGAGGAGUACCUCGUCGAUGGCAUCCGGUCGAUUGUGCGGAUCGCGCAGGCCGAGGCCGCCGAGUGGAGGUCCCAGGACGUGCAGAUGUGGAACCCGACACCGAGGCUCAGGGGGCUCAUCGAGAAGUCCGGCCUGCCUUUUGAGUUUGUGGAUCGGGAUAGUGAUAGCAUCGCGAGCCUGAUGUGGUACGGCGAGGAGCCCACUUGCGAGCUUGACUGGGUCAUCAAUGAGAAGUUUGCUUGGUGCUGACUGCCUGCCACCGGCUGUGAUACAUUUUGGAAAGGUACAACUACAUGUGGCUCAUUUUUCUGGUUGGUUUUAUCAUAGGGACAGAAAUUGACGCGCAAGCACCUCGAGAGAGCACUAUCAGCAGCUACCUACCUGACUAAGCUGAUGCCAUUCCUUGGU